AUGUCACUGCGGAUAGACGAAAACCACACACAGCUUUUCAAUACUCCACUUAGUUUGAGCACACGAAAUGACGACAACACGACUGAGCCCGGCACGGCGAAUGAGGACAACAGCGGGGCUGCUAUCUCACCUGAACCCAAUGUAAACUCUUUCGAUUUGGAAGAACAACAAAGAGUUUUCCAACGAUUUACAAAUAGUUUAGGAGCUUUGGGUGGAUUUCGUUCACCUUUCAAUCUUCAUAUGUUACCAAAUAUUUUGGCUUCAAUGCAACAAAAUCAAUUAUCACUUCAAAAUAAACUUUUGGGACUCUCUGGUUCAGGAGUAUCACCGGGACCGGAAGAUGAUGAUGAUAACGAGAAUGGUACAAGUAACAAUGAUGGUGAAGAUAUGUCUGUUGUAAAAGACUCUAAACUGGAUGAAAACUUGGGAGAGAACGGCUCUCAAGCUGGAGCUGGUGGUCCAACAUGGUCCUACGAGGAACAGUUCAAACAGCUCUAUGAGUUAUCGGAUGAUGUUAAGCGAAAGGAAUGGCUUGAUGAUUGGCUCAGUUUUAUGCAUCGAAUCGGAAAACCGGUCACAAGAAUUCCAAUUAUGGCAAAGCAGGUUUUGGAUCUCUAUGAGUUAUAUCGACUGGUCGUUCAACAUGGGGGUUUAGUUGAAAUCAUCAACAAAAAGUUAUGGAGAGAAAUCACAAAAGGUCUUAAUUUACCUUCUAGUAUUACUUCCGCGGCAUUUACAUUACGCACACAAUAUCAAAAAUAUUUAUAUGAUUAUGAAUGUGAAAAGGAAGGAUUAUCAAAUCCAUCUGACUUGCAAGCUGCUAUUGAUGGUAAUCGACGUGAAGGAGGCAAUAGUAGACGUACCACAAAUCCCCCAAACUUUGGACCUCUUGGUUAUUCUAUUGGUCAUCCUGCUGGAAUAAAUCUUCUUGGUAAGCAUUUGUCCGGAUUAGGAAUGCGUAAUGAUUUUCUCGAUGAUGAUAAUGGAAUGGGUAUGGUCUCGCAGAAUAGCUUCUUGUCUGCUUAUCAACAAGUUGAACAAAUGGCUCUGCUUGAUGCUCAAAAGCGACAACUAGAACGAGCACAAAGAGCUGCUGUUGAAGCUGCUGCAAGACAAAGCUUAGGUGGAGCUACUGCUGGAAUAUCGGGUAGAGAAUCAACUUCCAGCUUAGAUUCCGAAGCUGUGCCAGUUAAACGAUUACGAUUAAAUGAAGAUAUUAGUGGAUCAUUAGGUGGUCAGAUGAAGAUAACGACACGAAAGCCUGAAGGACAGCAAGGAGAUAAUUCAAUUGUUGUAUCGAUGGAAAUCAAUGGAAUAACCUAUCAAGGAGUGUUAUUUGCUCUCGAUCCAUCAAAUGAUCCAGCAAAUCAAACUUCCUGUCCAUCAGCUUCAUCCUCUAGUAAUGCAACUGCGACAGCCACAAUCACAACAACAUCUAAUAGCAUCAACACGAAAACUGAAUAG